AUGGCGCUCCAGGAAGCAGAACUAUUCGAAGACCAACAUCCCCUGAUUCAAAGCUGUCCUGCCUUAAACGAAAUUCGUCUUGCCCAAGACAUUAAAGACUUGACCAUAGAGGUAACUUCCCUUAGUUACGGCGGACAUUUGUGCGUGUUAGGUCAAGAACGGCGAUGUCCUUUACGUCCAUCGAAUAGUGCUAGCAGCUCGCAUUCCUUCUUUGCGAGCGUCUCUCAGUGGCCACCCCGGGGAGGAGAAUUCGGUCUUAAGAUGGCCGACAGCGCCGCUCAUGUUGGUUCUUUAGGUUUUGCUUACAACUUUUAUAGUCUCGCAAAUGUGCUCGUCCAGUAUGUGUACACUGGCCGGGUGGAGAUGACAGAGAACAACGUGAGGGGCCUGAUUGCGCUUGCAAGAAUGUUGGAACUCCCCGCCCUGGUGAAUUGGGGAGCGACAUUCAUGACUAAGAGGUACGCAAUUUGCCGACCAUUUCUCUCUAACUGCCUGCUCUAAGAGUAAAUUUAGAAAAUUUGCCAGCCACGUGGGACUUUGCCAAGUCUAUGAAUCUCGAAUUACUGGCUGAUACGUGCAUUGGGCUGAUGAAGGAGCAUUUUGAGGAAUUCGUGCCAACUGAACUCUUUGUUCGUUUGCCGGCCGAAACCGUCCUCAGCCUGCUUCGAAGCGAUCACCUGCCCGUGGGAUCUGAGGAGGAGGUUGUUGCGGCGAUUGCUCGCUGGACGGGUGCUGGUGCCUGUGGCCAGGCCGACGAUGAGAGGCUGACAGUACACGCGCCAGCGAUGUUGAAAGAAGUGCAGUGGCACCUAACCGACGUGGAAUGCCGCGAUCGCCUGAUGGAGAAAUAUCCAACAAUCUGGGAAAGCCCCGAAUGCGCGUAAGUGUGUUCUGUUCACCCAAAAUUUUUAAAUAACUAAUGUCUGUAAGUAUAUGCCAUUUCAGUCCUGUUAUUUUUUGCUCACAAAAGACGGCUUCUGGCUCGGAUUGAACGGUGGAUUGGGGCUGCGGACAAGGACAAGCUGGCCCGCCCUUUCAACUUAAGGCCUCGUCUGCGCCCGACGAUCUUCCUCUUCGCAAAGGACAAAGAUGGGCAGGGCAGUUGGUCUGUCCGUCGCACCGAUCAGCACCUGCAGAAGGUAGAACGGGUUGCUGACAUGAAGACGCGCCGCUGGCACGCCACUUACAGCGUCGUGGGCGGUGAGUUGUCGGAGAGUUCUGCGUCACCUCUUGGGCGCAUUUUGUCUCUUUGGAUGUUUUUGCUUGUUGAAGUCAAGCGCCUCUGUGUGCGACAGCAUUUGGUGUUUUGUAGGAAGUAAAUUAAGCAAAUAAAUCAGGCUCUUGGGGAUUGUUUGUAAGUGACGGACGUUUUCUGUAUUUCUUCUUCCGAAAGAGAGCAUUUUCGUUGUCGGUGGAGGAUUGAAUGGCUCAGGGUCAGUCGAUGUUGACGAGUUUCUGGUGAGAGAAGGACGCUGGCGCAAACGGGCGCCCCUCGCUGUUCGACGCCAGGAGCACGCCGCCGCCGUCUUGAAGGUUCACGCCGUCGACGGAGAGGAGACGCUGAUCGGCAUUUUUGGUGGAGCCUUCAAGGAAGGGGACAGUUGGACAUACCUCGCCUCCUGUGAAGUCUAUGACGUCAGUCAGGACAGGUGAGAAGGCGCUGGUUGUGGCGCAUCUGUUUUUGCAAAAAAAAUACUUCUCUCCUUCUACUCACUUCCCACCCCGCCUGGCCUGAACAGAUGGCAUAAAUUGCCCGAUCUGCCGGAGAAGAGGUCCGGUCCAGCUGCUGCCUGCCUGCCCGGCGACAGUCGGAUUUUCGUGUUUGGCGGCCUGACUGGCUCCUCCCGUCUUUCUUCCGUGGUCUUCUGCAAUCUGCGGGCGAAUUGGCGGGAGGAGGCAGUUUCAGCGCGCACCGCUGACUUUUGGCAGCCAGCUGCCGCCAUGAGAACUGCACGAUGCGGGCUCGCAGCGACGCCCUUUCGGGGAGCAAUCCUGGUCGCCGGUGGACGGGAUGGUAAAAGGAAUCUCAACAUGGUGGAGAUGUUCUCACUGCCAAACACUGGGAGCCCCCUCGGUCAGUGGACAGAGCUGGCCGAGAUGAAGCAGCCUCGCCGGUACUUCACUCUUCUCACCUCCGCCAAUGCCGUCUUUGCUCUUGGUAAGCCAAGACACAAUAAAAUAAUUUUCUUUCUUUCCUUCUCUCUCUCUCUCUCAUGCCAUUCGUUUGUCUCAUCCGCAUACCCAAUUUUACAAGGCACAAGAGCGUUAAGUCAGCUGACAUGCCGUUAGAGGUUUUUCAUGCGCGGUGCACCAUUACAGCCAGAAUUGGUCGCCUUGCUGUUCAUACUGCCUAACCUCCUUUUUUUAAAAUAUAUUUUCUCUCUUGUUUCUCUUUUCCUCAAGUGAAACUUCACUAUAAUUAUGCAAAAUUUGUAGGCAACCUGGACGAACCGCGUAACACGGUAGAGACUCUCACGGCACCAGGAGGUUCAGCUGACUUUGACAAUGACUUGACAUCUUGGGUCUGGUCGUCCAAAAGCCCAGUGGAGACACUUUACCGGAUUGACGGCGCUGCAGGCGUCUGCAUGUAAAAUUCUGCGCUUAUUUUUUGUUCCAUGUUAACUUGGAGUGCCUUCCAGUGCAUUGACAUUAAAAAUAAAUGGCAUGUAAAUAAAUCAGCCUUGAAAUUUUUUUUUCUAAACGUCGGAAGGAUGCGAGUAGUGUCCAGCGUGUGAGACGUCUACGUAUACUGGUUACUUAUUUCGAGGCAGGUGCUUCCCAGUGCAAAUGGUGUAAACGGGCUUUUCUCGAAUGUUUGUAGUGUUAGUAUGUGCUCCUGCAUCUACUCCCUGCUUCCUCGUUCUAAAACACUUUACUAUUAAUUAUAAGUGGACUUGCCACUGCAAAAUGACCGAGAUACAUUUGCCACUUUCUUGACCUGUUAUUUGAGAUGAGAUAGUCUUUCACCUGUACAGGACUUAAACUAGCUAAUACCUCAUUAAGAGUCCACCGGGGAAGUAUCCGCAAAGCGUUACGUGUAGAAAAUCUGUGCUCUACGAAAUAACGAUAAUAUGACCUGAGAAUGCAGAUUUGGUUUGGACCGCCCGCAGGCAAGUCGACCAAGUGGUAUUCUGUUAACAUGCGGGUUCACUUACUUUGUAGCCUCCUGUGGAAUUGCAGACGGAACCUCAUCUUUGAGAUGGUGAUGCAGUGAUCCGUAGGACAUGUUAGGUGUCUGAUCGUGAAUGAACCUGAACCUCUCAGGUUUACCCACGCCGGUUGACAAAUGGGUGUUUUGAAUGCUGUACCCUUUGUGUCUUCGUCACAUAUCUACAACUGUCUAUGCUGAUGGCUCCGAGGGAGAAUCCGAGACGUCAAACCAGAAAGCCUGCAGUAGUAGUAGUAGUACUAUUAAUAGUAGAAGUAGUAAGUAGUAGUAGUAGUAUAAAUGGUAGUAGUAGCUGUAGUAGUAGAAGUAGUAGUGGUAGAAGUAGUAGUAUUAAUGGUGGUGGUGAUAGUAGUAGUAGUAGUAGUAGUAGUAGUAGUAGUAGUAGUAGUAGUAGUAGUAGUAGUAGUAGUAGUAGUAGUAAUAGAAGUAGUAGUAGUACUAGUAGGAUUGGAGACCCAUUUGUUUUUAGCAAUGAAGACAUGAGUAAAACGACCUUACUGUCUGACCACACCGGAACCUAUCAUCAAUUUAUUGGAAAGCGCUUAAAGACUAUACUGAAUAUGCGCUGAGCCAGACCACAGACUACAGCAGAACAACUUAAUGCAAUAUUUGUGAAGCAUUUCGUCCCUGCAAUUGACCCUAUUACCUGUUACUGUCUAUUAUGACAAUAUCCUGCAUUCACACUUAGAAUAUAAUCAUGUGAGUCGAUUCUAUCUGCCUGAAUAAGCCGCGCAGUUGUAUGCACCACGCAUGUGUGUCUGACGGACAGACCCCUAUCGGCAGCUCACUUGGAUUCUGUAGGCCCUGGACCAUGAGAUGCCUGCACGCCUGGCGAGAUAAAAUCGAUCGCUCUCAACACGAAGCGUGAUAUCGAUCGCAGCACGUGCACGCAGCUUUUCUCGGUUGGCCUAGCAUUUUGAUAAGCUUGAAUAUUGUCAAACUGAGGGGAUUUCAGCGGCGUGCGAGAUCGAUGCGUGUGUGCAUCGUCGAACAAUAACAAGGCGCUCAAGAUCAGAACAGUGCUCCGCAUCUCAUUCGAUCUGACGAAAUUACCGUAAAAUAUAAAAUACGCGUAGUGGAAAAAUUUUUGCGGAUUUUUGUACCAAAAUUAUCUUCCGUAGUCCCUUAGGAUAGUGCUGAGAGACUUAUCUCAACUAGCGCAUUAAUUUUGGAGAAAAUUUAUCUAGAGGAGAAGAAUAGAGAAGAUUUAGAAGCAGUGGACAUAGAUGCAUAGAUGAAGCAGAGGUGACGCAGUAAUAUUCUUUCCUACCGCAUCGACCGUCUCAAUAAGGUAAACAUUUUAACUAGGAGAGAUCAAAAGUAGAGGCUUAUAUUAGUCGUGAGUCUGUAAUGCCUAUAUUUAAAAUAUUUUCGUUAAAUUUAAAUGCGUUCGCCUAUCUGCUGAAUGCAUCGUUCGACCUUAAAAUGAAAUGGCUAACUAAAACACAUCUUCUCUUUCAGAGUGAACUUCCAUUUCACAAGUGCUGUUUACUCAAACGUUUGGCUCUGUCACACAUAUCAGCAAAUUGCAUUACACACACAUUUUUUUACAAUGAUCUAACAUCACAGAUCUAGACCCAAUGUACAAAAGCGGACCGGAAUUGUCCACUAGCGCAGUCUGGCCCAGCUGCUGCCUGCCUGCCCGGCGACAGUCAGGAUUUCGUUUUUGGCGGUGGCAAUGGCUCCUCCGCGCUGGCUUACGUGUUCUUCUGCAAUCUGCGCGCAGACUGGCGGGAGGAGGCAGUUUCGGCGCGCACCGCCGACCUUUGGCAGCCAGCUGCCGCCAUGAGAACUGCACGAUCCGACCUCGCAGCAACGCCCUUUCGGGGAGCAGUCUUAGUUGCCGGUGGACGGGAUGGUGAAAGGACUGUAAACGUGGUGGAAAUGUUCUCACUGCCAGACGCCGGGAGCCCCCUCAGCCAGUGGACAGAGCUGGCCAACAUGAAGCAGCCUCGCCGGUACUUCACUCUUCUCACCUCCGCGAACGCUGUCUUUGCUCUUGGUAAUGCAACACACAAAUUAAAUGAAUUCCUUCUUUCCUUCUCUCUCUCUCUCUCUCUCUCUCUCUCUCUCAUGCCAUUCGUUUGCCUUAUCCACGUACCCAAUUUUACAAGGCACGAGAGCAUUAAAUCACUUGACAUGCCGUUGGAGGAUUUUCAUGCGCUGUGCACCAUUACAGCCAGAAGUGGUCGCCUUUCUGUGCAUAUUGCCUAACCUCCCUUUUUAAAUAUCUUUUCUCUCGUGUUUCAUUUUUCCUCCAGUGAAACUUCAUUAUAGUUAUGCAAAAUUUGUAGGCAAUCAGGAGGAACCGUUUAACACGGUGGAGACUCUCACGGCACCAGGAGGUUUAGCCGACUUGGAAAAUGACUUGACAUCUUGGGUCUGGUCGCCUAAUAGCCCAUUGGAGACACUUGACCGGAUUGACGGCGCUGCAAGCGUCUGCAUGUAA